CGCCUCGGGCCCCCUUAGCGUCGCUCCGCCGCAGGGCCGGCGGGGAGUCUCCGCGUUCCGCUGCUCGCCGUCCGGCGCCGAGUUCCUCGGCUCUCCCCGCCCCCUCCCCCAAUUCCCGCGGUCUGGCAGCGCCUGGCCGGCGGCCCGCGGGCGGGCCGCCCUACCAGCUGUAGCCCACCCGCCUCUUAAAGCGGCGGCGGGAAGAUGAGGUUCCGGGAGCCUCUCUUGGGCGGCAACGCCGCGAUGCCGGGCGCAUCCCUGCAGCGGGCCUGCCGCCUGCUCGUAGCCGUCUGCGCGCUGCACCUCGGCGUCACCCUGGUCUACUACCUGUCCGGCCGCGACCUGAGUCGCCUGCCCUAUCUGGUCGGAGUCCCCUCACCGCUGCAAGCUGGUUCGAACGGCGCCGGUGCCAUCAGGGAGCCCUCCGGGGAGCUCCGACCGCGAGGAGCAGCGCCGCCGCCACCGCCUUUGGACGCCUCCUCCGAACCGCGUCCGGGUCACGAUUCCAGCCCAGACGCGGACUUUCGCCCCGGCGCCUCGAGCAACUUGACUUCGGCCCCAGUGUCGCCCAGCACAGCACGGUCGCUGCCCGCUUGCCCUGAGGAGUCCCCGCUGCUCGUUGGGCCCCUGCUGAUCGAGUUUAAGGCGCCUGUGGACCUGAUGCUUCUGGCAAAACAGAACCCUGAGGUGAAGGUGGGUGGUCGCUACGCCCCCAAGGACUGCGUCUCUCCUCACAAGGUGGCCAUCAUUAUUCCAUUCCGCAACCGGCAGGAACACCUCAAGUACUGGCUGUAUUACUUGCACCCAAUCCUCCAACGGCAGCAGUUGGACUAUGGCGUCUAUGUUAUCAAUCAGGUGGAGAAACUGAGGCUCAGAGAAGGGAAGUAGAAAGUCAUAUAAAUGCCAGUAGUGCUGGAGCUCAAACCCUGGGCCUGAUCCCUAGUGCCUGCUCACUGCAUGCGCAGUAAUUCUCCCCUCACGGCCACUCAGUCCCUCCUCUGAAGAGCUUCUUGAAGCUGGCUCUCCAGGGCUGGGAGUGAGCUCCAGCUUAGACUUCCUGGGUUCUUGCUGUGUCUCUUCCCAGCUAGUGACCCUAGGCUUGAGUUCUUCCAUUUGAGCUCAGCUAAGUUCUUCAGUUUCUUCAUCGGUGAGACAGCAGGGUUUGAGUGUACCUACUGCACGGGGCUGUGAAGCACCUGGCACAUGGUGAACCCUUAGUAAACAUUAGCUGUUACUGCUAUGAUCUGAGUUUCUUCUCCCCAGCCCUCUUCUGGCCUAUUUUCUCUACUCAGUAUUAUGGUAAUAAACUCUUUACUGCUCUCCUGCUCUGUCCCCACUCAGUCACUCAGUACCAACGUCAAGACUCUCCCUCUCAUUCGUGUGGCUUCUGUGGGGUCAAAGGGUAGUGGAUAAAGACAUAAUACAGAGAUUUGUCAGGUAACAGAAUCUCAGGGGAUGUAGAUGCCGUGUCAAGCCUACCUGCUCCUUCGCAAUAGGGUUGUAUCUCAAGCUCCACCCACAGGGGGUGACCUUUCACGGGCUUUUGUGGUUCCUGCCCCGUCCAUAUUAAGCUAUUAACCACUCUGUUUUGGUUUAGGCUCUUCCAAUCACCUGAAGAACUUACACCUCACAAUAAGUGCUGGAGUGGGGCAUGGUUACCAGUUGAGAUGGAGUACAAGCAUUGCUGUUUGUCCUCAGGUCUUCUGCCCUAGCCCUCCAGUGUUUGCGAAUCCCAUUAGAGUGCUGGCACUGCCAGCCCUUUGGGGCCAAACGUGCCGCUCUGAGCCACAGAGGUCCCACCUGAGGUCCAGCACUAAACGCUGACGCAGAAGUGUACUUUUAAGACGUCAUAGCAGGUGGGGUGGGGUGCCUACUACACUUUGUCAUACUUUAAUGAGGAAAGGAAACUAAAGUUACCCAAAGUGAAGGGAAGACAGGUUGCCACCUGGCAGCACCAGCCCUAAAUACACACAGGAUGUUUGUGGAAUUAACCAUCAUAAAAGUUACCCACAGGUGAAGAACGGAGGCCCAGCUGGCCAGGUGAGUUUGUAAUCGUCACGGCAGCCCUUUGUCCUACAGCCAGCGCCCAGGACUGGUCUCUCCAAGUCCAUUUGUAUAUUUUCUGGCACCUCUAAUCUCACUCAGUCGCCCAAGAUCUUUCUAGUUCUACCAUGUCAUGCCCUCUCUUUAAACCUUCAGUAUGUCCCCACUGCCCAAAGGCAAGGGUCUGCAGAAUUUGAAGCCCUGAGUUCAGCAUCCAGGACCCUCUGCAGUCCAGCUCUGACCUAUCUCCAGCCACUUUUUCCUCAGGCUUCAUUCACACCCUGUGUCACAGUGAUACUGGGUUCUUCAUCCUCACCCUGUUACACUCUGCUCCUGCCUGGUGUCUGUGCUUCUGCUGUCCCCUCUGCCCUGCUUGCCUGCCUUCCUUCCCCUACCUGCUCUCUUCCUGGCCAUCAUUUAGCCACCUCGUCCCAACCUUAUUAGCUCCAUGAAGCCCCAAGUGGAGCUGACUUCUCCCUGCCUGCUGCUCACAGGCCACUCAGCGCAUCCCAGUGAGCCAUGAGGGGUGAUCACCUAAGUGUGUGCUCAGCCCAGCCAGUGGCCCCUGGACUCGCAGCUCCUGGGCCUGACUGCCUCUGUCUCCUUGACCUAUGGCUCUAGGUGCUCAGUCAAGGUUUGGAGCACAGAGCCACUCCCUGUGACUCCUGCCCCUGUACUUUUACCCCUCUCAGGACCCCUUGCUCCUCGUUCUCUAGUGAGGGCAGUGCUUUGUGGAGGUGAAGCCUCCUUUCUUAGUCAGGCCAGGUCACGAUCCUUGGGAAUCUGCCCAGCUCCUCCCCAGGGCUUUUCCCCAGAGUUUUCUGCUCCUUGUUGACCAGAGCAGACUGCCUAGGACACAGCCCUUGGGGUGACCUCCCUUUCCAGGAAAAAUGCAGAGUACUUACUUUAACCCUGUGGUGGCUGUUUAUGGUCAUGAAACUCUACAGUUCUGGUCCUUUGGACUGAACAUCUUUCAGGGUCUCACUUUGAAUUUUGACCCUGACAACCUUCCGGUGAGGCAAAUGGUUAUUCUCAUUAUUCUUGCUGAGGGAAGGCUCCUGAAGGUAAGUAUCUUCCUUGGGUCCUGUGAUGGCUGGGUGGUGCAGCUGGGAUUGGACAGAGAUCACAUGAAGCCUAAGGAAUGCCUCUCUUCCCCUCACUGGGGAACAGGUCCACCUCUACAUGGCGCUGCUGUCCCACUGGGUCAUGGGGGGAGGGGGAACAUGCCUUUGGGGUAUGCCUCAGAACCCUCUGUGACGCUUGCCUAAUUAUCAUGCUAACAGGUAAGCCCUGGCCUGAAAGGCUGGGGUGUGAGGGAAAGUAGAGGGGGCCCUGGCUUUCUCUGGCUUUGGAAUAUUUUCCAUCUGUGUACUGUUGUGAGAUGGUUCCAGGCUGCUUGUCUGGGAUCAAGUGUGGGCAGGUUUGGAGAGAGUCCUUUGUACCCUCAAUGAGUAGAAGUAUCUGUCACCGUUUUCAGAAGCUCACCUCUGUCCCUGGGCCAGGCAGCUGGUUCCUAAAUGAGGUCCAGAUGAAUUGGGGUAAAACAGACUCAUGAGUCUGCCCGUUACUGAGGAGAGCUGCUUGGGCCUGUGGCCCCCACUGGUUUGGUUUCUAUCCUGACCGUCUUUUUACUGUACCCCAUCCCUGUUUUAGAUUUCCUCCCCCCGCCAUCAGCGGCCAGACUGAGGUGUGUGGGAAUGGGGCUUGGAGGGGCAUGGCUGAUCCUGUCCUGCAAUACCCACUCCUUUGAGCCCUCAGACUUUGGGGGCCCAGGAGGGUUGUGGGAGGACUGGGUAUCUGUGCCCGUCACCGCUUGUGCGCUGCCCUGUGAUCGGGCACCUGCUGUGCUGUGUUUUCCCCUCUCCGUCCAUAGUUUGCUCCGUUCUCCUGAGGAAUGUGUCAGAGCACUUACAGGUACUCACAAAGCUGGGGAAUUGCCUCCCUGGACAUUUUUCUGAGAAAUGCCAUUUUCUCUGCUCACCCUUAACUUCAGGACCAGGAAUAACUGCUUAUUAGGAAUUAGCCUUUGCUCUGGAAUGAGGGUGGUCAGAAUGGGCCCCUUUUCCUCUGCAGCCUUAACAUUUGCCUUCCUUCCUUGCCUGCCCUGCAUCCACCUUCUCUCUCUUUUUUCUUUUUUUCCUUCUAGUGGGGGCCUUUCUCCUUUACUUGUUCAUUCUGU